CGGAGAGGGUGCAUCCCUGCAGUCAAGGAGAACCCUCGAUUUCAAUUUAUUUUGAAUAUUUUUUUGCAGUUUUCAUAAGAUUUGAAGUUCGAUUUACAGUUCGCGUUUGGAAAGUGCCAAAAGAGUGCAAAAAAAGUGGAGUGUUGUUUUUGGUUGUUUGACGAAUCGCCCGAAAUUCCAAGGCAUAGAGCCAAAGCAGUUGACUUUCAAAAAGUGUCAAUAAAAUUUAUGUAAAAAAGCAGUUAACGAAAAAGUUGCUAUAACAGCAUUGACAACAACAACAACAACAACAAGGAGAGCAACCUAGGAGCAACAGCAACAGCAACAACAACAACCACAAAACACAGCUCAAAAUGCUGCUCAAAAUCUUCCUAAUAGCCUUCUUGGCCUCUCGAUCCGCGGCAGAGUCAGUGGAUCCCCUUUCGAAGUCUGCCAGCGAGAGUCCAGCUCCGACGAUCCCGUUCGAGACCUCGCACAAACAUCCCGAUGCCGUGGAGCGGGAGGAGGGCUUCCAUACAUCCCACAAGAUCAGCAUAAGGGCCACAGAUCCCGCCGACUACUCGAUGAACCUGCUGCCCACCAAAGAGCGCCCAGAACUGAAUCCCAUUUUGAGUGCCCUCAUCAACGAGGAUGUGAUGAAGAGCAUCGAGGCCAAGAGGGCCAUCGAAGAGGAGGAGCUGGCCGAAGUGAGGCGUGAAAUUGAGGAGGCCGCCCAGGCCGAAUUGGCCCAGAAGAAGGGCACCACCACGGAGGCACCUGCUCCACUGCUGACCACCCUGCCCACGGCUGCCAAGAAGAUCGACAACCUGGACGAGGACAUCGUUGUUGACCCCCACGAGGAGUUCGUCAACCAGAACUUUGCCCUGGAGGGAGCGGGCAGUGAGAACAACAAGAAAUCCCGCAUUGAGAUCAAAAAGGGACCCAAUGGCCAGGACUACGAGUACGAGUAUGUCUACUACUACGAGGAGGAUGAGGAGCCGAGCAAGGCUGAGGCAGCGGCAGAGCCCGAGACGCGUGGCAAGACCAGGUAUACCAAUAUCGAGAGGAGCACGACAGCCACUCCCAGUGAGAACAGCCUGCAGAGUGGCAAGGCCAAGGGAAGAUCCUCGGAUGCCUCCGAAGACAUCGAAGCCGAGCGUCUGCCCAUGAUCACACGUUUCCCCAGCCGUGGCAAGAACAUUGAGGUGCCACCAACGCCCGCCUUGGACUCCCUGGAAACUGCCGCCGAGCGCAAGAAGAUCAGCGUCAAGCGUCCCAGCUUGGAACUGGUGGACAGUGCCACCUUCAACACCGACGAAAAGCAGACCAAGGCGACGCGCAAGGGAGAGAAUGAGCUGAAACCCGUGAUUGCUAUUGAGCAGGAGGAGGCGGCCAGGAAGAAGGAGCAACAGGCCAAGGAGGAGCAGGCGUCCAAGAAGGAGAAGGACACCGAAGUUCCAGCCGAUCAGGAGGAAUCCGAGCAGACCACGCCCUCCAUGGAGAAGGCCGCCCUCGAUCUGUACGCCAUCUUGACCAACGAGAACCUGAACAACGAGCAGACCACCACGGUUCCGGAAUCGGAACUAUCCGAGGGUGUCACCACGUUUGCCCCCGAAACCGGCAGCACGGACGAGGAUGAGGCCGGCGGCCUGACCACGCUGAUCGAUGAGAUCUCCUCCACUAGCAGCACCACCACCACAACCACUACCACCACCACCACCACCACUACCACGGAGGCACCAACCACCACCACAACGACGACCACAACCACGGCGGCUCCUUCCCUCUUCGGAGGCAGGAGAGCCGGUCUGAAUGGCCUGGCCGGACGCAAUCGCUUCAAGCUGAACAGAGCCGAGGGCGGCAGCACCACCACCAGCACCACCGAGGCCCCGGCCAGCGAAACCACCAAAACGGGAAGAAAUCGCUUCUCGCGUCCCUCGAUCGGAGGCCGUUCUCGUCCUGGAGCGCGCACCACCGCUGCACCAGAGGCCACGUCAGCGGCCGCCCCCGCCGCCGAGGAGGAAGCGGUGGUUGCCAAGGAAGUCAAGCCGGUCAGCACGGGCUUCGCCCGCGGCAGACCUCGCAACCGCUUCAACCUGCGUGGAUCCACCACCACUAGCACCACCGAACGUCCCAGCGAGGAAUCACCCGCAGAGGGCGACGCUCCCGCUGAUUCUGCCACCCCCUCUUCAACCACAGCAAGGAGCACACUGAGAGGACGUCCCGGCUUGGCACUGCGCGGUCGCAGUCGCACCACCACCACCAAGGCACCCGCUAACGCCGAGGGCAGUGAGGCGGCUGAGAGUGGUGCCACCGCCAGUUCCGAGGAGGCCAAGUCCGCAGCACCAGCUCCUGCGGAACCAGUGCGUCCGUCCCGCUUCAACCUGCACCGCGCCGGCGGCAACCGCCUGCUGCCACGCGGAAAACUGGGCCGCUCAGGAAUCAGCACGGAGGCACCCAAAGAGGCAACACCCGCCGAGGAUUCCGCCGCCGAUAGUAGUAGCCAUCACAACGACGUCAAGGAGGAGGAGACAGCUGGCGGCGAGUCCGGCGAAAAAGCCAACGAGGCUGCCGAUUCCGCGCCUGCGUCUCCCGUUUCCGGGCUGAAUCGCCUCAAGACCCGGCCACGCCUCAACGCCCUAACGCACAAGACUGAUGCGGUUAAGCCCAAGGCAGCCGCAGCCCCCACCCCUGCGCCCAGGAAGAUCAAUCCCCUGCUGGCCAAGCGACGACUCCACCUGGGAGCCGCCACCUCCACCACAGAAUCCCCCGCUGAGGAGGAGCACUCAUCGGCCGACUCUUCCGCGGAACAGCCAGCCAAGGAGGAGGCGUCCGCCGGCGCCAGCGACGAGUCCGGCGCCGAGGGAGCCGCCAAGCAGGAGCAGGAUACCACAGAGGCGACGGAGGCAACCACGAAACAGCAGGCCCGUGGACUGGGACUCUUGGGACAGCGUCGUCGCCUGCCGCUCCGCAAGCCCGGCACGAUCCUGUAAAGCCACUCCACUCCAGUCCAGUCCAGUCCAGUCCACUCCACUCCACACCACCCACACAUCGCCAUCCGCCUCCUUUGAAUCCUGAAUAGAAUACUCGUCACGAUUCGCUGCUGCAUCCUCCCAUAAGCUGGGAUGAUGUCUUGGCCACCACACAAGCGAUACUAACUCUUACAAAUUGUUUGUCCUUUAAGUCUCCUCCUCCGCCGCCUCCUCCUCCUCCUCCUCCUUCUGCUCCUCCACCAAGGACUCGUUAGCUUUGUACACAUAUUACACUAAUUAAUCUACUGAUAGACGCGGACAUACUAUGUAAGUAAGAUCCCUCCUUGCGCGAAGAGAAAGUCACCAAAACGGAACACACGGAGCGAGCCCACGAACGAGGAGAUCCAAGCCACUCGUAGACCACUAAGCACCAAUCCCCGAAGCCGAUCCAUCCCCAGUCCUCCCCGUCCUCCCCUACUAUAUAUACACCUAUAUACCCGACCUUGCCCCCUCCUCUUUCCACUUUCCUCUUUCCACUGAACACGCCUCCAAAUCGACGCGUGCUUAGCAGAUACUUUUAUUAUUAUAUUUUUUUUCUGAGAUACACUUAUGAACAAAAAACGACUUUUAAUUAUAUAUCGAAUAAAAACGAAAGGUAAAAC